AUGAAUUUUUAUAAAUGUAUUUUAAUAAUAUUUACAAUUUUACAUGAUAAUACGGCUGAAAGAAAUCCAGAAUUAGUGUUUGCCAAUAGCUUGGAAACGCCUCAUCCUAAUUCGAUUGGUUUAAUUUUUUUAGUUAAGAUUAAUAAUACGUCUGAUGAAAAUGAUUAUGAUGUAGAAAUUAUACCUGAUCAGUGUUGUCUUAUCCAAGAUAGAGACGUGGACUGUAGUUCUGUAAACAUAUUGAGCGGUUGCGCAGAUUUUAUACCAAAAGGUUCAACAAAAAUAUUAAAACUGAUUGCACCUCUAUUAGAUACCUAUGAUCGAAAAGGUCGAUGCAUUGUUUACGUCGAUUCAAAAUCGAAUGAUGAUCAAGAUAAGCGCAACAUUGUAAAAAUUAAUUUUGAUACAAGAAUAGAAGAUGAAUUCGAUCUUCCUGCUAACUUCAAACAUUGUAGAUACUUAGACGAAGAUCCAUUAAAUGAGUGUAAGCCAGUGAAUUGCGACACUUACUAUAACGGGAAAAAAUCCUAUUUUAGUAGAAAAUUUAAAAGAUGUAUUGAAGUACCUGCCUGUAUUUCUGACUUAGAUUAUCCUUCUAUAGUAUAUAAUCCUAAUACAAAUACAUGCUUAGAAGAUUCAGUAAAUGACGAUGAUUUAAACUUAAUUAGAAAUUUAAAAAAACAUGGGAAAAGCAGAACAAGCAAAGAUAUUUAUAUUAUAGGAAAAUUUGAACCUAACGUUACGGAAUUCAUUGAUACAAUUAACCUAUCUGAAGAACUAAUAACAACUUUAAAACCACAAAUAAUUCAAAAUAAGCCCAAUUCUAUUAAAACAGAAAGCUUCAAGAGUAUUUUAAGACGAUAUCUGAUAAAUAAUAAAUGGACAUUACUAAUUUUUAGUUUAAUUAUUACUGUGCAAUGUUUUUUGAUUUGCACAAUGCUGUACUGUCUAUCAAGAACAUGUAAUUGCCUGAAAGAGAAAAAGGUUGUUCGAAAGUUCUUCAACUACCGGCAAGAUGUCUCAGUAACUACACCACUGAUAGGGACCAGUAAUAUUGAUACGGAAACAGAUUACCAAUUUGUCAACGAGUCUAAUGUUGAGCAAAAAAUAAAAUGUUACAAAUCCUGUAAAAAAGAAAAUAGCAAUGUCAAUAUGAGUAUGUCUGAUGAUAUCCUUUCUAAAUGUCUAAAUAGACGUGAUUGGAAGAAGUUUAAAUCGGAAGCAAUCAAUGAAUGCGACGUUGACAAUAAUAAUAUUUUACCAGAUAUCAAAAAUAGUAUACGCGAUGAAAAAGAUAAAACUACGAAUGAAACUAAAAUCGCUUUCGAAGAUGAAAUUAUAAAUUGUAAUACUAAAAACAAAUCGAAUGUUGUAAAUAGAGUAAAUAAUGAAGAAAAACGUAAUAAAUAUAUUUAUAAUAAAGAUGUAGAAGCUAACGUAUUAUCUGAAAAAGAAAUAAAAUGUCACAGCUAUAACUGUUUCAACGAAGCGUCGGAAUUUUCACCAAAACCAAAAGAUUGUUAUAAUGCUGCAAUGUCUAAAAACGUAGCUAAAUCAAUUUCGACGGAAAAGGGUGCUCAAGCACGUUUUUCCAAUGAUUCAAUUGACGAUUUUCUAUCUGAAAGAGGCGCUAUCUAUUUAACUGGUGAAAACUUAUCGAAAUAUGCAUUUUCGAAUGAUUCCAACGAGAUGAAACCCUCGUCGAGUAAAACAUCGAAAAUUUUUAUUAAAAAUUGUCUAUCUUUACUACAUAAGAAGUCUAAACAAAGCCCAUCAUCAGAUCCUGGACAAAAUAAAGAAGUUCAUUUGAUCCAUAUGUCGAAAGCCUCUAUAUAUUCUUCAAGCAACGACUCAAAUUGUAUGAGAAGGUUUAAAAGAAAUGAUUCUAGAACUUCCUUU